UGAAAGAGUAAUUGUUUGUUAGGAAGAGUGGGUAAAAGUAGAAUAAAGAGAUCGAGAAUUAGUCUCUAUAUAUCUAUAUUGUACAAAGUUUUACGUUUAUUUGAGUUUAGUUCAGUAAACUAAAAGUAAUUAAAUAGUCUUUAAGUUGUACUUGUAGUGUAAUUGGAAGGCCGAUUUACGAAAUAGGAGGUCGUGAGUACCUACCCCUAAAAGUAAAAAUAUAAUAGUGACAUUUGUAUCCCCAAUUAAUCUGUAGAACUCGCCACUCUAGAGUCUAGGCCAAGUAACUGAAAACCUAGAAAAAGUAAAACUGUCUGAAUCCGAGUACACGACAAUUAGUCUACAGGUUGGAGAGGAAUUUAUGAAGGAAGCUUUGGUAACGAAUCAUGACAACAUUUGAAGAUUAUGCAAAAAUUGAAAAAAUAGGUGAAGGUACUUACGGAGUUGUAUAUAAAGGUAAGAAUAAGAAAACUGGGCAGUUAGUAGCCUUGAAGAAAAUACGACUUGAGAGUGAGGAUGAAGGAGUUCCUUCAACAGCAAUCAGAGAGAUAUCUUUACUUAAGGAACUACAGCACCCAAACAUUGUUUGUUUACAGGAUGUAUUAAUGCAAGAAAAUCGAUUGUACUUGGUGUUCGAGUUCCUGUCCAUGGAUCUGAAAAAGUAUCUUGAUAGCAUUCCCAGUGGCCAAAAUAUGGACAAGAUGCUGGUGAAGAGCUAUUUAUACCAGAUCUUGCAAGCUAUAUUGUUUUGCCACCAGAGAAGAGUGUUACAUCGAGAUCUCAAACCACAAAAUCUACUCAUUGAUCAAAAAGGAGUAAUUAAAAUAGCAGAUUUUGGCCUAGCUCGAGCGUUUGGAAUUCCCGUGCGGGUGUAUACUCAUGAGGUAGUGACUUUAUGGUAUCGAGCACCAGAGGUCCUUCUGGGCUCCCCGCGGUAUUCCACUCCUGUGGAUAUCUGGAGUAUUGGAUGUAUGUUUGCUGAAAUGGCCAAUAAGAGGCCACUUUUCCACGGGGAUUCAGAGAUCGAUCAAUUGUUUCGUAUUUUCAGAACCAUGGGAACUCCAACAGAAGAAGUGUGGCCUGGAGUCACUCAGCUUCCUGACUACAAACCAACAUUUCCAAGCUGGAAAGAGAAUAUCUUACCUUCCACCUGUAGCCAAAUGGACAACAAUGGAAUAGAUGUUCUACUGAAAAUGCUGGUGUAUGACCCGUCUAAGAGGAUAACUGCUAAAGCCGCACUUCACCAUCCAUACUUUGAUGACCUGGACAAGUCUAUCCUUCCAGCAAACUGAAGUCUUCUUUUAAUAUUUUUCACAAUGUUUAAUUUGAUACUGACCUAGCGUAUCGCAUUGAUGAAUUAUCUUCUGUUUGAUAAAAGAAUGCUGGUUUGUUUCAUAUGUCAGAUUACCAACGAAGUCCGAUAUUGUACAAGAUUGUUUUUUCCUGUGUCCCUAAUCCCACCCACUGUUAUUUAGAUCUAUGUGUUUUCUAGCCAAUAUUGUACCUUCCAUUACCUGUCACAGUGUGUUUGUUAAUUAUCAUUAUUUUUCUGUUCUGUGGAAGCUACCCAGGCAUUUUCAAUUAAUGGUUUCAGGACUUGCAGCAUAGCAGGUCACUGUGCAUAGUUUGACAUUGUAUUAUAAUGCAUGAUCCAUACUAAAUAUACUGAAUGUGUACAGUACGUGUGUGAGGAUGCUUUGAAACAUUGAGAAUUUUAAAACCUGAUUAAGGUUAGUUUAAAAAAAAAAAAAGUGGG